CUCGCAGGCAGAUCGGCUUUCGCAUGAAACACGCGGCAGACAAUUUUAACUGGAAGUGGAAAAUAUUUACCCAGAAAAAUGGGAAAUCAUCUCGCGCCAACUGGGAGGAAGUGGAACUCUGGAGGAAGCGGCGCCAUUUUGAAAAUUUAAACUACGCACGAAAAGAUGUAACCCGUCCUCAAACAUGGAAAUUAGUUACUGAUGCAAAAGAUUCGAACAUUUCUCAGCGUUUUCUCAAGAUGGCGGAACUCGACGGCCGCGUAAUUCUUAUAGUGCAAUUUUAUUUAUAUAAAAUAAGUCACUGGUCCUUACCAGGACAACCGAAUCCUCUGCAAGGCGGCCAUUCGGCCGUUAUUACAGAGUCGGAUGCUGAGACCUUAGUAACAGGGUGCGACUGCUUGGUGUGA